CGCAUGUUCUUUGUGGAGGGUCAACCAGGAAGAGGCAAAAUGUACAUGGUCAAUGCGCUGGCAUCGACACUCCGGGCUUCUGGACACAUCAUUCUGAUUGUGGGAAGCAGCGCACUCUGCACAACAGCUUACAAGCGCGGUCGUACUGCUCAUUAUAUGUUCAGAAUUCCCGUG